AGGUGUGAUGAAGAAGGCUCCCCAUCUCCACAUUUCCUCACACACCUGAAGCAGGCCCCACAGCCGAAACAGUGUUUCUCCUCUUUUCAGCAUGGAAUAAACCCUUGCUUGUUCCUUUGCAACUUAAACAUCUUGAAUAAAUUCUGUUAUAGGGAGAUGGAAAAGGAUGAAGGCCUCCUCCCCCCACUUUCAGUCCUUUUAAAUGGCAACAAGGUUACCCUGUUUCAUAUUCUAAAGGAAUAUGAAAACAGUCACAUUUUGUUGGAAGUAGGCCUGUUAUCUUCAUGUUCUGGGAAAUGAGGAAGUGUGGUAGCUGAAGCCAUUUGGAUCUCAGAAGGAGUGAAGUUUGCAUGGUAUAUCAGGGAAUUGUGUGUUUUCAGGUCGUCUUGUAACCAGCUGACCUAUUUUAUUUUGUACAGGUGGCUGAGCUGUGAAGACCUAUCUGGUAGUGGGGGGCUUGUCUUGAUUUUUUCGUUACAUUUUCUUUUAAUCUUGUGUAGUAAAGAUACUGAGAUAAAAUCCACAGUGACUGUUAAGUGUUUCAGGAAAAAGUGGCCCUGCUGGUGAUGCAGUCAUCCUCAUUGUUGCUGUGACUUUUUAUUUUGUACAGUACUAAAUAGCGUUCAGUCCUUGGAGUUGUGUUUGGAGGGGACAUGGAACAACUUUCAGCUUUCAGUUACUUUGAGUAGUAAGUUAAACGGGUAUAAAUUGGCUUAUUGCUUGUAUGUUUCCAGUGCACAUAAUAAAUUGAUUGAUAUCAAAAGUUUCUGAAACAAAGAUAUUCACGUGGGUGAAAAGCCAGGCCUUACUUGUUAGUCUCUGCUCUCUCGAGGAUGAAAACGUAGUUAUCUUUCAGUGGUAGCAGACAAAUUAGUAGUAGGAGGCUCCAUUUAGGAGCUUGGUCACUUUGACACACUGUCCCAAGACCAACUGAGCCAGGGCACUGCAAGGGGAAUCCUCUCGUUGACUCGGUUGGGACAGGCAUGUCAGAACAUUGUUCCUAAUUGGGUAAGUCAGUUCUGAUUUCCUAAAAUAGCUGCAGAGACUGAAACUCCAGCCACGGUGUGGAGGGCUGGGGGACCGCCCUGCUUUUGGCACAUUGGAUAGGGAGAAAGGAUCCCACUGGGAAGCGCGAGUGCACUGUGGAGACCGGAAGAUCCAGAGUAUAAACUCCAUACAUAUUUCAGCAGAAUUCCAAGAAAUAAUAUAAUGGCAGAAACCCAGACACUUAACUUUGGACCAGAAUGGCUCCGUGCUUUGUCCAGUGGAGGCAGCGUCACCUCCCCUCCUCUCUCACCAGCAUUGCCAAAGUAUAAACUAGCGGAUUACCGCUAUGGAAGAGAAGAAAUGUUAGCACUUUAUGUAAAGGAUAAUAAGGUUCCUGUAGACCUACAAGAUAAGGAAUUUCUUCCUAUUUUACAAGAGGAGCCCCUGCCACCACUGGCACUUGUACCUUUUACAGAAGAAGAACAGAGAAAUUUCUCCAUGUCUGUAAACAGUGCAGCUGUCCUGCGAUUAACAGGCCGAGGUGGAGGAACAGUGGCAGGGGCACCAAGAGGUCGAAGUUCCUCAAGGGGUCGAGGUCGAGGACGAGGGGAGGGAGGGUUUUACCAAAGAAGUUUUGAUGAUGUGGAAGGAGGUUUUGGUCGUGGCGGGCGAGAGAUGCACAGGUCCCAGAGCUGGGAGGAAAGGGGAGACAGACGGUUUGAAAAGCCAGGUCGAAAAGAUCCAGAUGCUGCCCCGGCACAUUUUCAGCUGAAUCACAUAAGGUCCAACUAUGAAGACGCUGGGACGGCGGGGUCCCGGAAGCACGAAUUCACGCGCUCUGAAAGCGAGAACUGGCGCAUGUCCCGCGAGGAGCAGAAUGGUGAGGACGAGGAGGGCGGUGGCUGGCGGCUGGCUGGCUCGCGACGGGACAGCGACCGGUGGCGGCCCCACAGCCCAGACGGGCCACGCUCAGCAGGCUGGCGGGAACAUCCCGACCAGCGGCGCCGCUUCGUGUUCGAGUCGCGGGAGGAGGAGCGGGGCUACCGACGGGCGCGCUCAGGCAGCGGCAGUCUGGAGGACGAGAAAGACAGCCUGCCGGAGUGGUGCCUGGAGGAUGCCGAAGAGGAGAUGGGCACUUUCGACUCCUCUGGGGCAUUCCUCUCUCUCAAGGUGAGGGGCUCUGAGCUCUCCAACCUCCCCUCACGCAAGAAGGCUCCCAAGGAGCCCAUCCCUGAGGAGCAGGAGCUGGACUUCAAGCCGUCAGAUGAAUGCGAGGGUCAGUCUGAGCAUGAGGACAGCGACAUAGAGGAGACCAAGGAGUCUGGCAAGACACCCAGGAAAGAAGCAGAGAAGGAUGAUUCAGCGAGAAUGGACGACUCCUGUGCACUCGCUCCUUCCCUGCCUGCCUCUGCCCCAGCGGAGCCGCAGGCUCCUGAGCUCACGCCCCCCUGCCAGCCUGAGAAACUGGAGCAGAGUUCCCCCGAGAAGGCAGAAAAACCACCGACACUAGAGGCUCAUCAGGAGCCCUGUAUACCACAGCGGGCCUCAGGUGCAUCUAGCAGUAUCCCUGAAGAAGUGUCUGUCCCUGCUCCUGUGACACAACAGAAACCUCCAGAUAUGCCCAUCCCAGCCCCAUCUGUCCCCUUGCCUGCAGGCAUGGCUCCAAUCAGCAUACCCGUGGCCCCACAUCCUGACAAUGAUGAUGAUGAAGGGCUUAAAAACUUUGAGCAGGAAGCUGAGAAAAUGGUGGCAUAUCUUCAGGAUAACGCUCUUGAUGACGACAGGCUAUCAGCAAAGAGUUUGGAGAGAACGAAGCCUACAGCCUUGCCUCUGUCUCAUGAAGCAGCAUUGAAGUGGUUUUAUAAAGACCCGCAGGGAGAAAUUCAGGGUCCCUUUGCAAAUCAGGAGAUGGUGGAGUGGUUCCAGGCGGGGUAUUUCACCAUGACGCUGCUGGUGAAACGGGGCUGUGAUGAAGUCUUCCAGCCCCUGGGAGAGAUCAUUAAGAUGUGGGGGAGGGUGCCCUUUGCACCUGGACCCUCCCCUCCUCCCUUACUGGGGGACCUAGACCAGGAACGGCUGAAGAGGCAGCAAGAACUGACAGCCAUCAACCUCUUCCAGCUCCAGCAGCUGCAGUACCAGUAUCUCCUGAGACAGCAGUACGCCCAAGUGUUAGCGCAGCAUCAGAAGGCCGCAGCCCUCAGCACCCCCCAGCAACAACAGCAGCAGCAGCAUCAACUCAGUCUUCUAUUGCAGCAAUACCAGGCCUUAAAAAUGAGGACGUCAGAACAGAGCCUUGUGCCUCCUGUGACCAGAUCUAUGUCUGUACCUGACACAGGCUCCAUAUGGGAACUCCAGAACCCAUCCUCACAGCCCACAGCAUGGGAAGGCAGCAGUGUCUGGGAUUUACCUAUUGAUUCUGUGGCUCCAGCCCCUACCCUUGAGCAAAUGCAACAACUGGAAAAGGCAAAGGCUGCCAAGCUGGAGCAGGAGAGGCGCGAUGCGGACCUGCGAGCGAAACGGGAGGAGGAAGAGCGGAAACACCAGGAGGAGGCUCUGCGCAGGCAGCAGGAGGAGGAGCGGAAGCGGAGAGAGGAAGAGGAGCUGGCACGGCGCAAGCAGGAAGAAGCUCUGCGCAGGCAGAGGGAGCAGGAGGCAGCUCUGCGCAGGCAGAGAGAGGAGGAGGAGAGGCAGCAGCAGGAGGAGGCGCUGCGGAGACUGGAAGAGAGAAGGAGAGAGGAGGAGGAAAGACGACAAAGGGAAGAGCUGCUCCGCAAGCAGGAGGAGGAACAGAGGAAGAAGGAGGAAGAGGCAGCCCGCUGGCAGAGGGAAGAGCUGGAAGCUUUGCAGAGGAUGGAGGAGCAGAAGAGGCAGGAGGAGGAGGCAGCCAGGCAGCGGCAAGAAGAGCAGGAGAGAAAACGCAAAGAACUGGAGCUGCAGCGGCAGAGGGAGGCCGAGCUGCAGAGGCAGAGGGAGGCCGAGCUGCAGAGGCAGAGGGAGGCCGAGCUGCAGAGGCAGAGGGAGGCCGAGCUGCAGCGGCAGAAGGAGGCCGAAACACAGAAGCAGAAGGAGCUCCAGCGACAGAGGCAACAGCAGCAAGAGGCUUUGCGGAGGCUGCAGCAGCAACAGCAACAGCAGCAGCUGGCACAGAUGAAGCUCCCUUCAUCCUCUAAGUGGGGCCAGCAGUCGUCUUCUGUAUUGUCCCAAACACAGAACACCCUGUCACUGGCUGAGAUCCAGAAACUGGAAGAAGAAAGGGAACGUCAGUCCCGAGAAGAGCAGAGACGUCAGCAACAGGAGCUAAUGAAGGUCCUACAGCAGCAGCAACAGCAGCAACAGCAGGCAAAGCUCUCUGGCUGGGGUAAUGUACCUAAGCAGCCAGCAGCCACAAAGUCCCUGCUAGAGAUCCAACAGGAGGAGGCCAGGCAGAUGCAGAAACAGCAACAGCAGCACCAGCAGGUGUCCCAGCAGAGCAAAGCCCAGAACAGAGCAUUGGAGGGUCAGCUGUGUAACCUGCAUUCUUCCACUGGAGCCAAGGUUACCCCACAGCAUUCCAAUAUGCAGAGCAGCCUCAGUAACUCGGUGUGGGGCUCCAUCAGCAAUAGCGCCUCCCAGUGGACGUCUGACAUGAGCAGCAUCUGGGGCAGCUCUGACAACAAGAACUCCAACAUGGGCUUCUGGGACGAGGCUGUGAAGGAGACACCGACCCCGGCACGCAACACCACAGCCAAGAACAACAAGAGCAAUGCCAACCUGAGUAACUCGUUCGGAGGGAGUGGGCGGGCCAGCAAGAAGGUGGACGAGGAGGAGAAGCUGCUGAAGCUCUUCCAGGGGGUGACCAAGAGUCAAGACAGCUUCACCCAGUGGUGCGAGCAGAUGCUGCAUACUCUCAACACCGCCAACAAUCUAGAUGUUCCUACGUUUGUUUCCUUCCUGAAAGAGGUGGACUCUCCUUAUGAGGUCCAUGACUACGUCAGAGCCUACCUCGGAGACACACCUGAGGCCAAGGAUUUCGCCAAGCACUUCCUAGAGCGCCGUGCCAAACAGAAAGCCAAUCAGCAGCAGCAACAGCGCCAACUACAGCAGCAGCAGCAGCAGGAUUCUGUCUGGGGAGUGAAUCAAGCUGGGAUGCAGUCAGUCUUUCAGACGAAUCACACCGUUCUCCAGCAGUCCAACUUUGAAACAGUACAAUCUGGGAAGAAAAAGAAAAAGCAGAAGAUGGUGCGAGCUGACCCCAGCCUGCUAGGUUUUUCUGUAAAUGCAUCCUCAGAACGGUUGAAUAUGGGUGAAAUCGAAACCGUAGAGGAUUAUUGAGGAGCACUGGACUGCUGCCUACCUGCUGACCAUUUCCGGUUUUUGUCCCCACUAUCACACGUUCAGCUGCAGCUCCCUUUCUAUUUGAAGCUCAUUUGAGACAGAUCCAGCCUCCAGCCAGCCAGAGCUGACACUCUCCGCUUCAGACAGCGGCCAAGUGAAAAAGAGAAACCGGAACCUAAGGCCGCAACUGGGUUUGGCGGUGUGAUGCAAAGCUGCAGGCCGGAACCCAGAGGAUCUCGAUUCUGAUUUCUAACUGUGCCUCCCAGCAACUGCAGUAACACUGGAAGCAUUCUCUCUGUUACUGGUGGUGAUUCAGCCUUUGGCUGAACACCCCUAGAAAAAGAGCUGGGAAUAAGCUGGCAUCUUAUUUGGACAAUUCACAGAAAAAGAAAUAGGUUCUUUAACAGACAUUGGAAAUUACCCAUUAUAUUUAUUGAAAGCUGUUGAUCUGCCCUGUUUUUGUUUUUGUUUUUGUUUUUUUAAUUCUCCUUCCCUCUCCUGCCACUUGUUUCAAGGGAGACUGUAACUGUGUGAUCAAGGAUGUCCUGUUUUAAGGGCGUGUUCAAACAGAUCCAAGUAGCUAACCAUUUCUUGUAAAAUACUAGCCUGUUAAAAGAAUAAACUUUAAAUUCUGCAACUGUAUUAUAAAAUAAGAAAAGUAUGGGCUGAUGGAGCAUUUUUUAUUUUUCUUAUUUUUGGAGGGAAUCUCGUGGUAGGCCAUUUUACAGCAGUUCUCUGCCAUUGUAUAAAUAUACUCCCAUUGUAGGCAUGGGUGUGUGCAAUUGUAUCAAUAAUUGUUAAUUUUCUAUCCGCAAAUAUUUAUUUUCCAAAAUGGAAUAAAUGAUUCAUUUUGGAAGACAAUCUGAA